AUGACCACCAGUCCACGUGUUAUGUGUAAUGUGCGCCACCAUGACCAGCAGUUCGCACCCGCCGCUGACACAGAGGUCUAUCAUAGCGGGGGCGGGUUCAGCCUCAACUUCCCUCGGCCGGGAUCGAGGACCACCUCCGCCCCUUCCUCGCCCUCCAAGACCAGGGAGAGCUUCCUGCAGCGAGUGUCUUCCCUGACGGGUGCGGUACGAGGGGAAGUGACUGGCCAGACAAAGCCCGCCUACAACAAAGACCGAUGCUUCACUCUUCUGGUUAUAGACGACCAGAACACAGAUUGGUCGAAGUAUUUCCGGGGAAAACGCAUCCACGGAGAUUGGGACAUCCGUGUGGAGCAGGCGGAAUUUCGGGAACUGAGUGUCACAGCGUCUUCUGAAGGAGGUGUCAACGUCUCCAUGGUCGUCUUCAGGAAUGGCGCUAAAGUAGUCAGAUCCUUCAAACCAGACUUCGUGUUGAUUCGGCAGAACUUGAAGGACGCCGGCGAGGACCACAAGAACAUCCUGCUGGCACUCAAGUUCGGCGGCGUCCCCUCCAUCAACAGCAUCAACGCUAUUUACAACUUCCAGGAUAAGCCAUGGGUGUUUGCUCACCUGCUGGAGAUCCAAAACAGAAUGGGCAAGGACAAGUUCCCUCUCAUUGAACAGAACUAUUUCCCCAAUCACAAGGAGAUGCUCUCGGCCCCCCGGUACCCAUGCGUGUUCAAGGUCGGCCACGCCCACGGCGGCCUGGGCAAGGUGCGGGUGGAGAGCAACGCAGAUUUCCAAGACAUGGCAUCGGUAGUGGCCGUAGCGAACACCUACUGCACUACGGAGCCUUAUAUUGAUGCCAAAUUCGAUAUUCAUAUCCAGAAGGUCGGCGGAAUGUACAAGUGCUUCCAGAGAAAGUCCAUAUCUGGCAACUGGAAGACGAACACGGGAUCCGCGAUGCUGGAACAGGCGUCCAUGACAGAGCGGUACAAGGCCUGGGUGGACGAGGUCUCCUCCCUCUUCGGCGGCCUGGACAUCUGCGCCAUCGAGGCCAUCGUGGACAAGAGCGGCAACGAACACAUCAUCGAGGUGAACGACUCGGCCCUCACGCUCAUGGGCGACUCGCAGGAGGACGACCGGCGGUACAUCGCGGAGCUCGUGGCUAUUAAGAUGCAGGACGUCUGCGAGGUUCAGGGGGUGACGCGACCAGGCCCCGCUGAGCUGACCAGGGGAUCUUCGCGGCAGUCGCUGAGCGGCACCAUGUCCUCCAGGGGCGGCUCUCCCACGGAAGACACUUCGAGGCUAAUCAUGAGCGAGACGCCCAUCCCCGGAGGCUCUCCCAGCCAGCAGCGCCGAGACUCUCAGGCUGGUUCUCCAACAGCCUCCCAGUCGAGCAGCAUCAGUGGGUUCAGCAGCGCCAGCGGUACGCGGCGGCAGGUGGACGAGGUGAGUCAGUCGUCGCAGCAGUCGGUGGGGCAGAAGCCGUCGCUGUUCGGCCGCCAGACGUCCGUCACGGCCAACGAGGCAGCGACCGGCGACGACACGGAAGACACCAUGAAGAACCUGCGUAAGACCUUCGCCGGGAUCUUCGGGGACAUGUAAGGCCGCGAGAGCCUGAGGA